AAUUCAAAGAUAUUCCAUUUCGAAAAAUCUCAUGUGUAAAUACGCUGAUUACCAAAUCGUUCACAAAAGUAGCAUACACGCAUACAUAAAUAAAUUAACAUGACAAAAUACUUUCUUAAACAAUAUUUUUGAAUAUUCCGCCGAAACUAAGUCAAACUUUCUACCUUUUACGUUUAAUGUAUAAUGCAUUACAAUGUUAUUGUGUUUGCGCUUUUAAAACAAGUAUACAGGCCCGGACAUGCCUAAGAAAAAAGCGAAAGUCAAGUCGCCGAUAGUCUAUGCCUUGUGUAGCGGCCGGCGAUCGGUGAAAGAAGAAAUGGAACGCCAUUUUGAUUCCGCUGUCAGUUCGAUUGCAACUUUUGGCGGGAAACGACGACUGCUUACGUUUUUAAAUUAAAAAAUAUAUGCGUGCGUGAAUAACUGAAGUGUCGUAAAAUAAAAUAACGAAAUGGAUUUAAGAGAGAUUAUCAAGUGGUUUAUCCCGUGUUUUCACAUUUUGCUAAAAUUGGACGCUAGAAUGACUCUAAUUUGGUUAUUAUUGUUUUGUAAUCUAUGUCCGAGUAUUAGUGCUAGUGAAUUAGAUGAAAGUAGUAAUUUAAAUAAUGCCAAAAAUGUAGUUAGUUACGAAAAUAAUUUUAAGUUCAGCCAAAGUGAAGUUCAUGGGAAUAAAUCGUUGGUUUCUGAGGAAACGAGCAAUGAAGACACUUCCGUUGGUCGAACAUUCGGUCGUCCAAUGAAGAAGAUGAUGCAAGCGUUGAUCCCGCUUGCGAUGGCCAUCGGAUCAGCUGGUACAUGGGCGGUGGUCGCAGCCCUUAUAGGAGCCAAGACUUUGGUGGUCACGCUCUUUAUACUUAAGCUUCUGCUUAUGGCGGGCGCAGCUAAGUUCGGCGGUCUCCUCGGUGCCAAACUGCAUCAUCAGCCUCAAACACACUACGCUCCUCCAAGCAAGGAGAUCCAUCUACACAUACAUAAUGGCCAACAUGGGCAUCAUGAGCACGAGGAAGAGGUCAUACCUAAUAUAUCUUCGUGGUCCCGCGAUAGUCCCGUCAGUUCUCCCGCCAGCAUUUCAUCGAAGGUGUCAGCGGAGGCUUACAACCCUUACCUAUAUCUAGCGGGCCCUCAGACUAUAAGAACACCAUACGGGAACUACGUCAAAGUAGACUGAGAGCUUACCUAUUUUUUUUGACCUUAGUGUCCGACCGACCUUUUUUUGGGCUUAGCGCGAGAAUCAAAAUAAUAGUUAUCUCUCUUUUGUUCUUUAUUUGGAAGAUAGUCAAAUAUACGAACGAAUGAUAUAGUUCGCGAUAGUUCCUCUGUAUCCUUCAGAAAUAUAAGUAAGGAAUGAGUGCUAACUCCAUACAUCAGUUUUCUUACCGAAACGCGAGUUAUUUCGUAGUCGGCAUCUACUUGACACCAGAUGUCACGAGUGUCGCGACUGACGAAAAAUGUAUAGGGGGCGUGCAUGAACUGUAGAUGUAGCCCAAAAGAUGGCAGAACCUACUAUGCAGAAGAAAACACGUGACGUGCGAAAAAUAGGUAAUUCGCAACUCGUGUCGAUUUAAAACCCUCCCUUCGGUCGUGUUUUAAUUUAUCGCCACUCGUUUCGAAUUUCCUAUUUUUCGCACUUGUAUCGUAAUGUACUAUUAUUGCACCAACAAUUACUACGUAUGUAUAUACUGCGCCGUGGACAGUUUUUUGAGAAGUUUUCACAGAUUAUUUGUUACGAAUAUAUAUGAUUGAUGCACCAAGGCGGUGUGUUUACUGUUUGUGCUAGUGGCGCCCUCUACGCAGAGUUUUGCGUAAUAUUCCCUAUUGAUACGGUAAUGGUAUACGAAGACAAUACAUGUAAAUAUCCAUUUAAUUUAACUAUUGCCCAAAAUAUAAAAAAUGUUACCAAUUGUAUAAGAUUUUGAAGAGUAUUGAUUGUACAUACGUAGGCACUCUUAUUACAUUACUACCUAAUCAUAGAUCAUGUUAUUUAUUGAAAUAUAUUAAUAUAGCCAAUAUUACUUAAGUUAUUUAUAUUUGUUAGUAAUAAAAACUUAAUUAAUA